AUGGACGUUACGUGCACCGUGGGCAUAGCGAGCGCGGUGGGCGUGGCCCGAUCCGCCGACACUGUCGAGGAUUUGCAGCAGAUCGGCGCCAUUCGAUUUGGGAGGGCGGCGAGACAUGUCUCUGCCAUCAUCGUCGACUACAAGAUCUUCCUCGCCCGCCACGCCGAGUACAACGAAGAGUGGAUCCAGGGCAUCAAAGCGGUACACGCACGUAGCGCGCAGCGACUACUCGAUCUGGCGUGCGCAAACGGCGGGCUGUUCAUCAAG